GAAUUCUCCCUCGCUUUCAGCCUGCAAGGGAUUCCGACGACGGACUAUUUUGUGCCGCGCAAAGUCGAGAUGCAGCAUCUCACCGAGUUUUUCGUAACGACAUCGACACGGACGGCACAGCAGCGGGUGUUUGUAGUGUACGGCACGGGCGGGAUGGGCAAGACGCAGCUAUGUGCGCAGUUUGCGAAGACGAACGCCGAGCGGUUCAGCGCGGUGUUCUGGCUGGACGGGUCGUCGAGGGAUGCUCUGCAGCGAUCGAUAGCAAGCGCGGGUGCGCGGUUAUCGACCUGUCCGCAAGACGCUCCGGCGAAGAUGGAUGUCGCACAGGCAAGUGAUGACUUCCGACAAUGGCUGUCGCUUCCAGGAAAUGCGAACUGGCUGAUGGUGAUCGACAACAUCGACCGCGAGUGGCUGGGCAAAACAAAGGACGAUCAGGCAUACGACUAUCACAAAUUCCUACUAAACGCGAAUCACGGAAACGUCCUGAUCACGACGCGUCUCCGACGACUGCAACGACCGAAAGCCAGCCUUCAUUUGGACGUCGUCGAUGAUCUACUAGCGAAGGAGAUGCUGGAGACGCGUGCAGACAAAGCAGUAACGACAGGGGCGUACCUAGGCAUGACCGGGAUGGGCGUGCUAGACUACUUAGAGCAUUACGAGGCGACGUGGGCCGAGCUGAUGCAGAACCAAGAUCAAUUUCCACUAGAGGAAUAUGGCGAGCGGAGCGUGCUCACGACGUGGACGAUAUCGUACGAACAAGUGAAGAGUAUGGACCCGCUCGCAGGCCGGCUGCUUGACCUGUAG